AUGGCUACAGAAUUGAUCUUUGAUCAGCCAUCCGUGAGGACUUCCACAUCUCAGGUGAUUCUAGUAGAGAGACAGGCCACAAGCACAACUGAAAGCGCCUUGGAAUUACUAGAUGGGGCCAUUCUGGCCGAAUAUCCAAUCAACAUUUCGUGGGCAUUCCAAACACAACGUUCAAAAUCUAGCAACUUCUAUAAUAUAUUUGUUGGAGACUUAUGGCCAGACGUUAAUGACGAGAUGCUCGGUUAUUUUUUUGGUAAAUACAGAUUUUCUGGCCAAGCGAUUGUGAUGUGGGACAUGAAGUCUGGCAGAUCGCGAGGAUACGGUUUUGUAUCAUUCCAGGAUGUUCCAGAAGCUAAAAUUUGUCUAUAUGAAAUGAACGGAGCUAUUCUCGGAGGUCAGACACCAAGACUAAAUACAGCGAAUCGCAAAUCAGACCGUCAUCAGCCCUCAAAGCACUACACGACAUUAAUGCACUCGGAAUCUCCAACUAUCCCAUCAAAUCCUUUGAACAUCCUGCCCAUACCCCUACAAACUUAUAUGAUACAAUAUACCAUCAGACUUCUUUUUAGAAUAGCACUGUUUAUGUUCGAAAUCUAG